AAAACAAUCGAUGUAUAAGUUGCAUAUAAACCUUAAUUCCGCAUGUACAAGAACAAUAUCGUAGGUGAAUCUGAUCAGGAUUCGCCGGGUUCGGUCAGCAGACAAAGACUCAGCACGCACUGCCUCGCAUUGCCCUCUACUUGUCAGUGAACUGUGAGAGAGAGAGAGAGACAGAGAGAUGGACGAUAACAACAAUGGUGGUGGUGGUGAUCGGACCUGCAUAUGCAACAUGGUAGACACCGGGAGCGUCGAGAGCCACAGGUACUACCUGGCUAGACGGUCUGUGCUGGAGAUGCUAAGAGACAGAGGCUAUGACAUUCUUGACUCCGAAAUCAACCAAUCCCUCCACGAAUUCCGUUCCCUCUACGGUCCCGACAUGGUCGACCUCGAGCGCAUCCGCAUCAACGCUUCCCUCGUCUCCGAUCCUUCCCAAAAGAUUGUAGCGAUCUUUUGUGGAAUUGAUAAGGUCAGGGUUGCAAUUAUUCAGGGUAUAUACACCCAGAUAAUGAGCAAAGAAAUUUCAUUGCGGCCCUCCCGAGUGAUAUUGGUCUUACAAGAUGAAAUAACAACCCUUGCACGUAAAGCUGUAUCUGAAUUUUCGUUUAAAGUUGAGCUCUUUAAGAUUCACGAUUUGUUGAUCAACAUCACUAAACAUGUGCUAAAGCCGAAACACGAAAUAUUGACUCCAGCAGAAAAAGAGAAGCUAAUGAAGAAGCACAGUUUAGAGGACAAACAGGUUUAUUUUCCAGUUCUACCCUCACUAAUAUACAAGUUAGGCUUAAGUUAUGUCUCUUUGGUUUUAAAAUGGAUAAAAAUGACAGAAUUUGUUUAUUUCUUCCAAUAUUCUGAAUCCAUUAUGCAAAUUACAGCAUGACUCAUGGUUUUAAGU